AUGCGCUCCAAUCGACGACCUUACCAAGGACCUAGAACGCAGUUAGUCGUCUCAAUAGACAUCGGCACUACAUUUUCAGCAGCUUCAGUCUGUAUCCUUCAACCGGGAACACUUCCAGUGUUCGAAGAGAUUCUACGCUGGCCCAAGCAGGCCAAUCCAGACGCCAAAGUGUCUACUACGAUAGUUCAGGGAAACCACGUUGUCUCGGUGCCGAGACCGACAGUCCCGUGCGAUGCGAAGGCUGAAGCGGAUGAAGAGGGCUGGAUAAAAGCUGAAUGGUGGAAACUCUACCUCCGGCCUGACUACCUCCCAAAGAUUAACGGAAUUGAGAUUGAGAUCCCCGAGUUACCGCCUUCUCGAACAGUUAAUGAUAUUUUUGCUGAUUUCCUCGAGUAUGUAAAAGGCCAGCUGCAAGUGCAUGUCACCAGCUCACAUGGGAACGGGGAAUCGCUUUGA